UUUUUUAUUGAUAACAUUAAAUUUGUCAAUAAAAAUCUACGCCCAGUCGUAAACUUGCUAUAUUAAUAUUCGAACUUUUUUCCACUUUGUUUAUUAAAAAUCCUUAUAAAUUAAAUAACAAAAAAUUUUAUUUAAUAAUAAAAAAAUAUAAUAGCUAUAGUAAUUUCAAAUUGUGAAAUUUUUUACUAUAGAAAAAAAAAUUAGUAAAAUAUAUAAGGAUCGAUUUACAUAACCCAAUCAUCUUGUCAAAGAGAUAAUUGUACCUAUGUACUAUUAUUUUACACAAAUGAGAUUGUAUUAAAGGAAUUUUUAUUCAUUGAUGACGUACCAAACAGAUACGAAUUAAUAAUCAUAAUGAAGUGUCACGCGAUAUUUAAUAAUAUACGUACAUUUUCUACUGAAAAUAUUAUACCAAAAGUAUGCAUUGUUGGUGCAGGACCAGCAGGUUUUUAUGCUGCUCAACAAUUACUGAAGACAUCAAAAGAUAUUAGAGUUGAUAUAUUAGAAAAAUUACCAGUCCCAUUUGGUUUAGUGCGUUUUGGUGUAGCGCCAGAUCAUCCAGAAGUGAAAAAUGUUAUUAAUACAUUUCAUAAAACUGCUAUGAAUCCACGCGUUCAAUUUAUUGGUAAUGUUAAUGUUGGAAGAGAUAUUACAGUUAAUCAAUUACAAGAAAUAUAUCAUGCCGUGCUACUUACUUAUGGAGCAGAAGAGGAUAAAUUACUUAAUAUUCCUGGAGAGGAUUUAAGUAAUGUAAUAUCAGGACGGCGAUUUGUUGGAUGGUAUAAUGGUGUGCCAAAAGAUAAAAAUUUAAAUAUAAAUUUAGAUGUAGAAGAAGCUAUUAUAUUGGGUCAAGGUAAUGUGGCAAUAGAUAUUGCAAGAAUUCUUUUGACUUCUAUUGAUCAUCUUAAGUGUACAGAUAUAACGACACAUGCACUGGAACAUCUUUCAACAAGUAAAGUGCGUAAAGUUCGAUUAAUAGGAAGAAGAGGUCCAUUGCAAGCUGCAUUUACAAUUGCAGAAUUACGAGAAAUUUUAAAACUUGAAAAUUGUAAAACAUUUUGGCGAGCAGAAGAUUUUAAUGGCAUAAAUGAAAUUGUUCCUAUGUUAACAAGACCAAGAAAACGAUUAACGGAACUUAUGUUGAAAUCCCUAAAUGAACAAUCUAUGAAUGGUACCACAGUUAAAAAAGAACUACAUCCAAUAUUUCUGAGAAGUCCUAUAGAAUUUCUUGGUUUUAAAAAUAUUGAAAAGAUAAAGUUUUCAGUUAAUAAACUUGAAGGAGAUAACAUAAAUUCACAAAAGGCAAGACCAACAGAUGAAAUGGAACAAAUAUCAUGUGGUAUUGCUUUUCGAAGCAUUGGUUAUAGAUCUGUACAAAUAGAUAAAUCAAUACCAUUUGAUGAUAAAAAAGGUUGCGUGAAAAGUGUUGGAAAAGUAAAAGAAAAUCUUUAUGCUGCUGGUUGGGUUGCUACUGGGCCUGUUGGAGUAAUAUUAUCUACAAUGACUAAUGCAUUUCAGAUUGCUUCACUCAUAAGUAAAGAACUUUCAAUUAAAGAAAAUAAGCCAGGUUCUGAAGGUCUUCAUGAAGUUCUUAAUUUAAAAAAUAUUCCUACGGUAUCAUAUAGUGGCUGGGAGAAAAUAGAUCAAAUAGAAAGACAAAGAGGUAAAGAAAUGGGAAAGCCAAGAGAAAAAAUAAUUAAUAUAUCAGAAAUGUUGAAUAUCGCUUUGAAUUAACAUGAUUAUUUCUUAUUAAAAUAUAUCGAAAAAUAAAAAUGUACAUCUAACUAUAUCUCUGCACUGUAUAUCUUUUUAUUAUAAUUACACAUAUAUUCUUAUUAUAAAAGAAAUAAAUAUAUAAUAUAUUAAAUAUUUGAUAAAUAAAUACCGUUAUU